AUGCUUAAUUCCAACAAAACAGAACCUUCAAACGCCGAUUUAUUGGAGCGCCGAAAUUGGGGCAACAUAUUCAACUUAUUGGUUCAGAUGGUGAAGAAUCAGCAAAACCAGCUUCAAACAUUCGCUAAUCAACAGAAGUUUCUAGAAGAUCGAUUGCAAAUGCAGAACCAACGCUGGGCUUCUGAUGUUAAACAGUACAGGGAUCAAAUUUCUCAUAUAAAGAGUCUUUUGAUUUUUGAGGAGAAGAAACGGGUGCUCGAAGCUGCUAAGGCUGAUUUGAUGAUGGGUUAUAAGGAGAGAGAUGCUUCUGUUUUGAAAUGGAUGUUGGAUAGUGCUGAGGACGAUUUAGACGAUUUCAAAACUGGGUUUGAUAUCCUUGCUCUUAAAGGUACCUCAAGUAGCGGGAAGAAUUCGUCUCAUGAAGAAACAAAAGAUAAACAUGAUAAGCUUGCUGCAGAACAAAAUUCUGAGCUAUUAGCACUGUUGGAAGAAAAGAAGUUUGUGUGGAAUCAAUUUAAUAAAAUGGAGGCUGACUACAGUAAUAAAUUGAGAAAUAAACAAGAUGAAGUAAUAAAGGCAAAUGAGAAGAUAAACAUGCUUGUUUCCAGAAUGGAGGAACUGCAGUCUGAAAAUAGUAAAAAGGAUAGUAGAAUAUCAGAGUUGGAAAGUGUAGUGGCUGAUAUGGACACAGAAACAAAUACUAAAAAGGAUAGUAGAAUAUCAGAGUUAGAAAGUAUAGUGGCUGAUAUGGACGCGGAAACAAAUAGAUUAAACAAGGAAAUAUCUGGACUCUCAGCGGAGAUGGAAUCUUUAAGAAAGUUGAAGAACAGCGAAGUUAAACCCCUUUCAAAACGUUGCACGGCAGGAUCUAGUGGCUCUGGAACAAUUGAGAGCAGCAGGAGUAGAAGAAAGAUCACUUUUGACAAAGAGUUAUGUACUCCUGUUGGACCUGCUUCCACAUCCACAAAUUUCUCCAAAAAGGAGAAAAAAGGAUUGAAGAGGAAAGAAACUCCAGUUAUUCCCACCUCCGAGACACCCAAAUUGUUCUCUUCCAGCUUCAAGGUUCCAAAACUAAAGCCAUCUUUAAAGACGAUAUGA